AUGCCAGAAGUUCCUUGGCCCAAGAGUCGUAGAGUCCAAGAUGCCAAUGGAUGGGGCAAUCACGAUGUCCUGGAACACGACCAAACCCCGUUCCUUCUGGACGACGAGACGCGCGCUCUUUAUGAACGCGCUACCACUGGCCAGUCAUCACUGAGCGAUGCUGACCGGCAAAAGCUCUCCCAAUGGCCAUCUCAGGAAGCACAAGACUCCCACUACCGAAAACAAUGCGGCUUGACCCGGUCUGAACUCAUCGCCAAGGCUGUUCAGGAUCCCGGAUCGCUCUCAUACUUCGAAGCAUCCCUGAUAAUCACCCCAGCCAUGGACCCUGGUCUAGGUCUACAGAGACAUAGAAUGAGCAAGAGUGAAUUGUGUCUUUUGGAUACUGUGUUAGAGGCUGUUUUGACAAAAGAAGAAAUUGCUGCUCGUCAAAUCAGCUUGGAUAUGAAGGGCUUCUGGGAUCAACAAAGCCGAAAUGCCAAAGAAACGCUCAGGGAUAACGAUAGACAGAUUAUCGAAGAGGCUAUGACUAUUCAAUGGCAGGGAUACAUUAUGGAUCUUGACUGGCCGGUAUUCAAGGAACAGAUGGAAACUGCCAUACGGCAUGGCUUCAAUUUCAUGCCCAAAGUCAAGACAGCGAUCAAAGACAGGUUCGCAAUACAUGAAACAAAGUAUGAUGAUUCGAAAUCUCUGCAGAGCCGCUUCACCGCCAUGCAAGAUGAAAGAGCUAUCCCUAAAGGCUUGCAAUCAAACGCAUUCCUCUAUGUUGAUGACAAGACACUUCAAUCUCGACACUCAGCCGCUAAAGAUAGAUAUCAGGCACAUAGCACCGGUACUGAUUGCACAGUUGACGCAACGGGAUAUGUCAUCGGCAAGGGCCGUACAUGGCCAUGGAGAAACACAUCAGACUUGGAGCAACUUCACGCUGAAGCUGGUCCUUCACGAAACUCGGACGGUGAACGAGAUAGAACAUGGCCUCCAACUCCACGACAGUUUCAGAUCCAGUCUUCGGGUUCCUUUGAUAAUGAGCUAAGGAUUGAAUGUGUAGCGACAUGUUAG